ACCCUUUCCCCCACAUUUUUUUUACCAAGACAACGAUAACAACAUCAACGAUGGCUGGCGCUUCAAAACUCUCCCCUUUCGGCCACGCCAUAGCAGGAACCGGUGGUGCUAUGUUCGCACUGACAUGCACCUACCCCCUCGAUAUGUAUGUCGCAAGUCAUCUUUGUAGUAUCGGCUGACUGUGUAACAGAAUGGAUCACUCUAUUCUCCUUCAUUUCUGUCGCUUUAUGGUUUAUAUAUUCUGUCUAAUCAAGUUGUCCCGAAGGCGCUACUCUUUGUGUGCUCGACUGUUACUCAUGCUAUCUUUUACUUGUAUUAAACUAGCAUCAAAACUCGUAUGCAGGUUCGCUCCAAAUCCGAUGCCGACUCGUCCGAUCCGAACGUCUAUCUCUCCACCACAGAUGCCGUUCAAAAGAUCAUCAAGAGUGAGGGCAUUAGCGGUCUCUAUGCUGGCAUUCUCUCUGGAUUGCUCGGCACAGCGUCACAAAACUUUGCUUACUUCUACUGGUACACGUUCCUUCGAUCGGGCUACAUCAGCAAACAGCCCGCAGGAGCCGCCAUCUCGACCAUCAUGGAGCUGUUGAUCGGUGCUGGAGCCGGCGCAUUGGCACAGAUCUUUACCAUUCCUGUGGCUGUGGUCACGACUCGUCAGCAGACUAUGCCUUUGGGCGAGCGAUUGGAUCUCAAGUCGACUGCUAUGGAGAUUGUUCAGGAGGAGGGCUGGACAGGUCUUUGGAAGGGAUUGAAGCCCUCGCUGGUAUUGGUCAUCAACCCUGCCAUCACUUACGGCAUGUACUCUCGUAUUCAGGAGUUAGUGCUGAAGGCAUUCAGACGCAAGGAUAUGACCCCCGGUCUAGUCUUCUUGGUUGGCGCUCUUGCGAAGACUCUGGCGACUGUUGUCACUUAUCCAUACAUCAUGGCUAAGGUCCGUCUCCAGUGGAAGCCCUCCAAGAAGGACGCCGAGACCCACAAGCCGUAUACUGGAGCCAUUGAUGUCCUCAGGCGUGUCUUUGAGAAGGAAGGCAUCAAGGGAUGGUACACCGGCAUGCAAGCACAAAUCACCAAGGCUGUCAUCUCCCAAGCACUACUGUUCAUGGUCAAAGAUCAGUUGGAAAAGUACACCAUCCUCCUGUUCGCUCUGCUCGCCAGACAGAAGCAUAGCAAGGUCAUGUAAACAUAGAAAGAGGGAUAAAGAAACAGCUACUGCCUCUCGACAUCCAUUGCAAGCUGAUUUGAAGUAAAGACAAGUUUAUGAAACAGAUUCAAAUGGUCUUUUCAGCAAAAAAAAGAAAAAGAAAAAGAAAAAGAAGGUGUU